AUGUAUCCUAAAGAAAUUGUGACAGCAGCUAAGGUACUUUAUUUUUUCUUUACCACUUUAUUAAAUAAAAGAACAUUAGGGGAGGAAUUCACAGAUUUAAGAUAUAUCAAUCGUAGUGGGAAGUCCUUUGUACAGAGAUAUAAGAAAUUAAUAUUUGUUGUUUCUUAUAUUGUUGGCCCCUAUCUUCUCACAAAUAUUUGGAACAUUUUCAAUAAGAGACUAAAACGAGAUUCGAGUAACAAUAUCAAUUCUGAAGAAGAAAUGCAGAAUCAUAUCAGAUACAGAGAUAUGCUGGAUAACAUUGUUAAUAUACAUUUACUGAUAUUUUACUUACAAGGCUCGUAUUAUGAUAUCACAAAACGUAUAUUAGGAAUGAGAUAUAUUACAGGCCACACCAUUUCCAAACAGGAGAAAGAGUUACGUGAAACUACUACAAAGGGUUAUAAGCUGCUGGGCUACUUACUCUUGUUUCAAAAUGUUUCAAGUACUUAUAGUACCCUCAAAAAUGUAUUGAAUAGCUUCAAAUUUACAAGUUCAAUUCACAAUGAGAAACAUGUUUCCAAGCCACUGAACUUAUCUGAAACCAAGCUCACUAAAAAUAUCACAGAUGAAUAUCAUCAGAAUCAUAUAAGAUUAUCAGAUGAAACGCAAUUUAAAUUUAUCCCAUCAGAGUCUCGAGACUGUGCAUUAUGUCUCUCCAAAAUCACUGACCCAAGCGUAGGUCCUUGUGGACACAUAUUUUGUUGGGAUUGCAUUGUAGAUUGGUGUAGAGAAAGGCCAGAAUGCCCAUUCUGUAGGAAAAAAUGUGAAAUACAACAAAUAAUUGCAUUAAAAUGA